UUGUAUAGCAAAUAUUAAAUGGCUUCAAAAUCUCUUCACUAUCAAGGCAAUCACACUUUCUCUAAAACAGAAAAGGGUUAUAUAAUUUAUCCGAAAGCUCUUAAUAUUGUUUGGGGAAAUGAUAAACGCUUUUGGAAGUUACCCAAAUACGAAAAAGAUGGUGUAGAACUUAUACAAGUAAAUUGGCUGGAGAUUACUGGCUGUAUUGACAAUAUUAAUGUAGAGAAGAAAAUGUCAUACGAUGUUGGAUUUACAGUGUCACUGAUGACUGAUGCAUUUGGUUGGAGCGAUUCGCCCAUUUAUCUUAUGGCUAAAUGGGGAGAUAAUACUAAAUGGACAAAGGUGAAUUUGACAAGUGAUCAGAUUAAUGGCAAAAAGAUGGUAUCAAAAACUAUUACAAUAACAAAAGGAAAAGGGAACAAUGUUGAUAAGAUUUAUUUUGGAUUGUAUGAAGUUUGGAACAAAAAAUGGAAAGGAGGUCUCAAAAUUCAUUCCGUAAACUUGAUAGAGAUUUAGCUAGAUAUUGAUUUGGUUGUACUACAAGAAAAUUGUAAGACGAAAAUAAUUAGUCGAUUAUUGUCAUAUCAUGAAUGAAACUCGUAUGUUGAACUC